AUGGCUGAUUGACAUUGUAGGACACACCCACUGGAUCAAACCAUGUUUUGCCGUAUUUAAAAGUUGAAGUCAAUUUCCACUACAACUGUCUACACGCGCUCUUCCAAGUUCAGUUUACUAUAAAGCGACCACCAGGCCACACUUCGAGGAAAGAUGUCUACCAUCCGAUUUGGAUCAACUUGUAGUCCUUCGAAGACUACUCUAGCUGAGACAUUGCCACGCUGGAACGAUGAGGAAGGGGAGAAGGCUGAUCCAGAAGAUGCCUGUGAUCCAAAUAAACUCCUUCAGUGUCCAUACGACAAGAACCAUCAGAUCCGUGCCUGCCGCUUUCCAUACCAUCUGAUCAAGUGCAGCAAAAACCACCCUAAACUGGCCAGUGAAUUAAAAACGUGCCCUUUCAACGCCCGCCACCUGAUGCCCAAGCAUGAGCUUUCACACCACAUUGCUAACUGUGUUGACAGAAUAUCUGUGAAUGCAGAAGACUUGGGCAGCGCUGAGGUGCAGAGCAAAUGGCAGGUACCUGUUAGCACCUGGACGAACACCAACUGUGAUGAGGACUGGGAUAAAGAAGCUGAUAUUUCUUCGGUGCCUUUCGUAUGGGGAGUGUCCACAAACCUGAUCAGUCAGAACAGGACUGAGCCAUGCACUACAAAUAAUCUUACUCCUGGACUCCGAGCUCCAAGAACUCUGCCCUGGAAAAUGUGACUGACAAAGGGCAGAAUGAAUGACAAAAGUUGGAAGUCAUGAGGCUAUCUUGCAGUUAAGUUUUAUAUCAUAGAUGCAUGUUUUAUUAUCUCACUUUGACUUGAUUAUGGACACAUUUGAGAAAUCCCAUUGACUUUUGUUUGACUAUAAAUGCAUGCUUUGUAACCUAAUCUUAGACAUGGUGAUUGGGGUUUGUGUCCCCUUUUUUGUUAUUAAAAGGCUUUUUUGCAGAAGUGUUUCCCUAUACUAACUCUGCAUGCAGGCUGUUAAUGUACUGUAUGUUCCUGAUGCCCUACUGCAGAUGAAUAUAUUCUCACUGUAUUGCACAUAUCAGAUAUCGUCAAGAUGCUCAUUAUGCUGACUGUAAAGUUGAUUUAGCCUCAUAAUGAAUCUUGCUUUGAUCUUUUGCCAGUGUGUUGUAUAUUAUUGGGGUUUGGCCUGUAAUUACACAAAAAAUGGAGGUAAUGUUCUGUCCUCGUGAAGGUUUAAAUGUCUACAAUUUGCAUGUUGGGCACAAGAGAACUGAAAGGUUGAAAAUGGAUUGGGCAUUUAAGCAGAUUGGACUAGAGUUGGACAUUUAAUACUAUCCGAUAGGCAAAAUCCAGAUCAUUUUGGAAAAACUGGGCCCAAUUUAUCUCUUGUUAAACCGUCAAUAGACAAUAAAUUCAUCCACGCAGCUGUUCUUAAUUGCAACCGUUAAGGUCAUCUCCAUAGAUGGAUUAGCUGACAAUGUCACAAACUAUGCACGUUCAUCAAAUGGGGCAGAAGUCUGUGUUUUGUGAUUCUGGAUGGAAACAAUGACAAAAAGCUACCAUUAGGGGAAUCGUAUUGUAUGUGGUUCGUUUCAGCUUGUAUCUUGUUACAAUGUCUUGUUUUGACCGACGCCACCUAUAUGCUAAUAUGGCUGAAAUUCGCUAGCUAACCGACAACUGUGACAAUGUAUUUGUGACAAGUGCUCGUUGUGCAAAGUUUGUUUUUAAUAAACAUUAGAGACAAAAUAUAGUUUGUUAAUAAUUUAAGCCAACCCUGUCUGUUUUGCUCCAUAGUUGCGCAUGUGUUGGUUUUGCUGUUAAACAACCAACCUGUCUAUUUGGAUUAGUCAACGUUCUACUUCUGUGGUAAACAAAGGGUGCGUACAGCCACCUGGAGUGUGUUUGAACAAGUAUAAAGCCAAGUUUGGUAACUCAAACUGCAGAUAGUAGAGGUAUAGAGACUAAAUUCAAAUGGACAUAAUUCACAUUAGCAACGGGAAUGUCACGAGCCGGAGGGGUUUUGGCUCAAAUGUACCAUACAUGGUGUGUUCGUAAAUUCACUGGAGUGCCAGAGUGCGCUCAAAGGCGUUUGUAAAUUCAGAGCGUUCAGUUCACACUGGACGCUCUGGCGGAGGAGUAGGGUUGAUCCGAGCAUUCUGACAUUACAACCACAGUCGAUUUACCAAGCUAACUGGCUAAAGUUGGCUAUCUAAUUUACUUCGAGACAAAUGACAGAACCUCAAUCUGACAAUUUACUAACACAGCUGGUUAUGCUCUUUUCAUGUUAUCUGGAGUGUUGGUAAAUAAAUAUUUGCUGCUGGCAACACAUUUAAUUGUUUUAACGCCGACGUUUACUGACACGGUCAUAACAGGGACAGGGAAACUAUUCAGCUAGCUAUGCAAGCAACUUUUCAUGCAUCUAUCAUACUAGACUCUUGAAUAAUGCAACAUUUGAAAACAUUUGUUUAU